GCUUGAACGAGUCUUUUUACGACUUGGCCAUGCCGAAACUGAUGAACAGUUACAGAAUAUUAUAUCUAAAUUUCUUCCUCCUGUUUUGCUCAAAUUAUCUAGCACCCAAGAAGGAGUACGGAAAAAGGUUAUGGAACUGUUGGUCCAUCUAAAUAAGCGUAUAAAAAGUCGCCCCAAAAUCCAACUCCCGGUUGAGACACUAUUGGUUCAGUACCAAGACCCUGCUGCAGUUUCCUUUGUCACUAAUUUUACUAUAAUUUAUGUUAAGAUGGGUUAUCCUCGCCUGCCAGUAGAAAAACAAUGUGAACUUGCUCCGACACUUCUUACUGCCAUGGAAGGGAAGCCUCAGCCACAGCAGGAUAGCUUAAUGCAUCUUUUAAUACCAACCCUUUUUCACAUGAAAUACCCUGUUGAAUCAUCAAAAUCAGCUUCUCCGUUUAAUCUUGCUGAGAAACCAAAGACUGUGCAGCUGCUUUUGGACUUCAUGCUAGAUGUCCUUCUGAUGCCUUAUGGAUAUGUGUUAAAUGAAUCCCAGAGUCGCCAGAACUCAUCUUCAGCACAGGGUUCAUCCUCAAGUAGUGGAGGAAGUUCUGGAAUCCCACAGCCUCCUCCAGGAAUGAGCUUUUAUGCAGCAAAACGAGUUAUUGGUGAUAAUCCAUGGACACCUGAACAGUUGGAACAGUGCAAAUUGGGUAUAGUGAAAUUCAUAGAGGCUGAACAGGUCCCGGAACUGGAAGCCGUUCUCCACCUGGUGAUUGCUUCUAGUGACACUCGUCAUAGUGUAGCAACAGCAGCAGACCUGGAAUUGAAGAGCAAGCAAAGCUUAAUUGAUUGGAAUAAUCCUGCCAUCAUUAAUAAGAUGUACAAAGUAUACCUUGGAGAUAUACCUUUGAAGACAAAAGAGGGGGCAGUUCUGAAGCCCGAAUUGAAAAGAGACCCAGUCAGUACGAGAGUCAAGUUAAAGAUUGUCCCUCAUCUCCUUCGCUCCAGACAAGCUGCUGAAACAUUCCCAGCUAACAUUCAGGUGGUGUAUGAUGGGCUUUUUGGUGCAAAUACAAACUCAAAAUUAAGAACAUUAUCUCUGCAAUUUGUACAUCACAUUUGUGUAACUUGUCCAGAAAUCAAGAUUAAACCAUUAGGUCCUAUGCUUUUGAAUGGCCUUACCAAACUAAUCAAUGAAUAUAAAGAAGACCCUAAGCUACUGGCAAUGGCAUAUUCAGCUGUUGGAAAACUCUCCAGUCGAAUGCCCCAUUUAUUCACUAAGGACAUAGCUCUUGUGCAGCAGCUUUUUGAAGCCCUAUGUAAGGAAGAGCCUGAGACUCGACUUGCUAUUCAAGAAGCAUUGUCUAUGAUGGUUGGAGCGUACAGUACUCUGGAAGGAGCACAGCGAACUCUCAUGGAAGCACUUGUGGCAUCCUAUCUAAUAAAGCCUGAAGUUCAAGUUCGACAGGUGGCUGUGAAAUUUGCAAGCACUGUGUUUCCUUCAGAUCAUAUACCUUCCAGAUAUUUACUCUUAUUAGCUGCUGGAGAUCCGCGAGAAGAAGUUCAUGGAGAAGCACAAAGAGUGUUAAGGUGCCUUCCUGGUAGAAACAAAAAAGAAAAUGCUUCUAAGCAGAUGCCUUCUUUCCCAGAAAUGGUAUAUUAUAUCCAGGAAAAGGCUUCCCAUCGAAUGAAAACUCCAGCCAAAUAUAUGACGGGGACCACUGUCCUUCCAUUUAAUCCAGCUGCCUUUGGAGAGAUAGUUCUGUACUUGCGAAUGUGCCUGGCACACAGUGCAGGAGUGGUGCCCACCUCUCAAAGUUUGGCUGAUAUGCAAGAUCAUGCCCCAGCCAUUGGACGCUACAUACGAACUUUAAUGUCAGGAAGCCAAGCUACAGCCUCGUCAUCUUCCAAGGGUGGGGAGAGCAACCCUGUUCAGAUCUACAUUGGCCUGCUUCAGCAGCUGUUAGCAGGUGUUGGAGGUUUACCAGUCAUGUACUGUCUAUUGGAAGCUGUCUCAGUGUAUCCAGAAAAGUUGGCUGCCAAAUUUGUAGAUAAAAUAGAAUGGAUUAAGAGUCUGAUGAAUAGCAGUAAAGAAGAGAUGCGUGAACUGGCAGCAUUGUUUUACUCUGUGGUGGUAUCUACAGUGUCAGGAAAUGAGUUGAAGUCAUUGAUAGAGCAGCUUAUAAAGACUACAAAAGACAAUCAUAGCCCAGAGAUACAGCAUGGAUCCUUGCUUGCAUUGGGAUUCACAGUGGGAAGGUAUUUGUCUAAAAAGAAAAUGAGAAUGGCAGACAAACAAGACUUGGAGACAAAUGCUGAUUUUCUGCCUGAACAAGAGGAACUCAUUCAGAGUGCCACAGAAACAAUAGGCUCGUUUUUGGAUAGUACAUCACCCAUCCUGGCAAUUGCUGCCUGCACAGCCCUGGGUGAAAUUGGCCGAAAUGGUCCACUCCCAAUCCCCAGUGAGGGCUCUGGCUUUACCAAAUUGCAUCUUGUAGAAAGCUUACUAAAUAGAAUACCCUCCAGUAAAGAAACAAGCAAGAUGAAAGAACGAGCAAUCCAAACCUUGGGGUAUUUUCCAGUUGGGGAUGGUGCAUUUCCUCAUCAGAAACUCCUCUUGCAAGGUCUGAUGGAUUCUGUGGAGGCUAAGCAGAUAGAACUUCAGUUCACUAUAGGUGAAGCCAUCACCAGUGCUGCAAUAGGAACUAGUUCAGUAGCUGCUCGAGAUGCCUGGCUAGUGACUGAGGAAGAGUACACUCCUCUCAUAGGAGCCAAAGUGAAUGAUGUGGUUGCAUGGGUGUUGGACUUAAUUUUAAACAAACAAAUUGUUAGCCCCAACCCACAUGUUAGACAAGCAGCCUGCAUCUGGCUACUGUCCCUUGUGAGAAAACUGAGUACCCAUAAAGAAGUGAAGUCUCAUCUGAAAGAGAUUCAAAGUGCAUUUGUUUCGAUUCUUUCAGAAAGUGAUGAACUUAGCCAGGAUGUUGCCUCAAAAGGCUUGGGGUUGGUUUAUGAACUGGGCAAUGAACAAGAUCAACAAGAAUUGGUCUCUACACUUGUGGAAACACUUAUGACUGGCAAAAGAGCUAAACAUGAUGUUUCCGGAGAGACAGUAGUGUUUCAAGGGGGAGCCCUUGGGAAAACACCAGAUGGCCAGGGCAUUUCUACCUACAAGGAGCUUUGCUCUCUGGCAAGUGAUCUCAGUCAGCCAGAUCUGGUGUAUAAAUUUAUGAAUUUAGCCAAUCACCAUGCCAUGUGGAACUCUAGGAAGGGUGCUGCUUUUGGUUUUAAUGUCAUUGCUACCAGAGCUGGAGAGCAGCUUGCGCCUUUUCUGCCUCAGCUAGUUCCACGUCUUUAUCGUUACCAGUUUGAUCCCAACCUUGGUAUUCGACAAGCCAUGACAAGCAUUUGGAAUGCAUUAGUCACGGACAAAUCAAUGGUGGAUAAAUAUUUGAAGGAGAUUCUUCAAGAUUUGAUUAAGAAUCUUACCAGCAAUAUGUGGCGAGUUCGAGAAUCCAGUUGUUUAGCUUUGAAUGAUCUUUUGAGAGGAAGACCCCUGGAUGACAUCAUUGAUAAACUUCCAGAAAUUUGGGAAACACUUUUUAGGGUACAAGAUGAUAUCAAGGAAUCCGUUCGAAAAGCAGCUGAACUGGCUCUGAAAACUUUGAGCAAGGUUUGUGUGAAAAUGUGUGACCCUGCCAAAGGAGCAGCUGGCCAGAGAACCAUUGCUGUCCUCCUGCCUUGCCUUUUGGACAAGGGCAUGAUGAGCCCUGUGACAGAAGUUCGAGCCCUCAGCAUUAAUACCCUUGUGAAAAUCAGCAAAAGUGCAGGAGCCAUGUUGAAACCACAUGCACCAAAACUUAUCCCAGCGCUACUGGAAUCCUUAAGUGUAUUAGAACCUCAAGUUCUCAAUUAUUUGAGUCUUCGGGCUACCGACCAAGAAAAGGCUGCAAUGGAUAGUGCUCGACUCAGUGCUGCCAAAUCCUCUCCCAUGAUGGAAACAAUCAAUAUGUGCCUGCAAUAUCUUGAUGUUUCGGUGCUGGGUGAGCUAGUUCCUAGGUUAUGUGAGCUGAUCAGGAGUGGUGUAGGCCUAGGAACUAAGGGAGGCUGUGCCAGUGUCAUUGUGUCACUAACUACUCAGUGUCCCCAGGACCUAACACCUUACUCAGGUAAACUUAUGAGUGCUUUGCUUAGUGGCCUGACAGAUCGCAACAGUGUGAUUCAGAAAUCCUGUGCAUUUGCCAUGGGCCAUUUAGUUCGGACCUCACGAGAUAGCAGCACUGAAAAACUUCUGCAGAAGCUUAAUGGCUGGUACAUGGAGAAGGAAGAACCCAUCUACAAGACUUCUUGUGCUUUGACUAUUCAUGCUAUUGGACGAUACAGCCCUGAUGUAUUGAAGAAUCAUGCCAAAGAAGUUCUUCCUUUAGCAUUUCUAGGCAUGCAUGAAAUUACUGAUGAGGAGCAAUCUGAAAAAGAAGAAUGUAAUUUAUGGACUGAAGUGUGGCAAGAAAAUGUACCUGGUUCCUUUGGUGGGAUUCGAUUAUACAUGCAAGAGUUGAUUACCAUUACCCAGAAGGCUCUGCAGUCUCAGUCCUGGAAAAUGAAAGCCCAGGGUGCAGUUGCCAUGGCAUCGAUUGCAAAACAGACCACCUCUUUAGUUCCACCCUACCUGGGAAUGAUACUGACCGCUUUACUGCAAGGCCUGUCUGGAAGAACAUGGGCAGGAAAGGAAGAACUUUUGAAAGCCAUUUCCUGCGUUGUGACGGCUUGCAGUGCAGAGCUGGAAAAGUCUGUGCCCAGUCAGCCUAGCACAAAUGAAAUUCUCCAGGCUGUUCUGAAGGAGUGUUGCAGGGAAAAUGUCAAAUACAAGAUUGUUGCAAUCCGCUGUACAGCCGAUGUCCUGAAGGCCACCAAAGAAGACAGAUUUCAGGAGUUUUCUGACAUUGUUGUACCUCUCAUCAAGAAGAGCUCACCUGAAAGCACUGGAGUCCGGACAAUCAAAAAUGAAGAUGAGAAUGAUAAGGAAAAGGAGCUCCAGAUGGAAACCUUGCUCAGUGCCUUUGAGAGCCUGGGCAAAGCCUGGCCCCAAAAUGCUGAGACCCAGCGUUGUUAUCGUCAGGAGUUGUGCAAAUUGAUGUGUGAACGGCUAAAACUGAGCACAUGGAAAGUCCAGCUAGGAGUCCUACAGUCAAUGAAUGCCUUUUUUCAGGGAUUAAUGCUUUUGCAAGAAGAACAUGCUGAUCCUGAGGCUUUGGCUGAAAUUCUCCUUGAAACUUGUAAAUCAAUCACAUAUUCUUUAGAAAAUAAGACCUACUCCUCUGUGAGAACAGAAGCUUUAUCUGUGAUAGAAUUAUUGCUGAAAAAACUUGAAGAGUCAAAGCAGUGGGAAAGUUUGACAUCUGAAUGCCGAGUGCUCCUGAUUGAGUCUUUAGCCACUAUGGAGACAGAUAACAGACCCGAGCUUCAGGAGAAAGCAUCAUUACUAAAGAAAACACUUGAAAAUCUGGGAUAAAUUAGAGGCAGAAGAAAUAAAUAAGUGCCAUGUUUAUUGGGGGUUGAAAUGGUGGUGUUCUUUGAAAAACCAAGUGGGGAAAAAUAAAGAUUAAUCUGUAGCAUGCAUCAUUCCUUGGCUGAAAUUAUAAUAAUAAAAAAAUGCCUUAAA